AGCACGCUGCCAGUGCUAGAAUUGUAUAAUAUAUGUGACUUAAACUAUAUAUCUUUAGCGCUGGCAGUGAAUUUUGAAACACAGCCAAUGAUGUAAACACCAAAAUUAUACAUUGACAAACAACUUUUAUUUGAUUCAGUAUCAAAAAGAUGUACGGUAUAAACUAGGUUACAUGUCUUUCAUUGGCUAACAGUAAGGCAGUAGGAAAACCAAAACUAAAACUUAAGCAGAGAAACAACAUAGAAGAGAGAUUUUAGAGAAAAACAGAUGCAACCUGAGCACUAUUUUUACCAUGAACUAUAACAAUACAAGCUCUAGAUUAACAUGUGCAGUUCGUGAAGGAAACCUAGAAAGAGCAAGGGAGCUAAUUACUUCUUUUGGACUAUCUUAUUCAGAAGCAUGGUUAGGAGGAUAUGCUUUACUUUGUGAUGCUAUUAGGAAGAAGCAUACACAAGUUAUUAAACUACUUUUAACAAAUGGUUCUAAAGUUAACGGCAACACUGACAAGUUUGAUAAUACUCCACUUCAUUUUGCUGUUCUAAAUGGUGACAUAGAAAUUGUUAAGAUGCUUCUAGACAGACGUGCUAAUGUUAAUGCUACAACUUGGCAAGGCACAACUCCCCUUCACUAUGCAAUUGAAAAUAAGAAAAUAGAAAUUGCUGAAUUACUUUUAAAUCAUGGAGCUAACGUUAACGCCAGUACCAAGAACGGUAUAACUUUUCAUAGUGCAGCUGAGAAAAGAUAUUUACAGAUUGAUGAACAUCUUGUAAAUCAUGGAAUUUAUAUUAAUUCUACAUAUAUCUAUUCCUUUACACCAGGUAAUACACCACUGUUUCUUGCUGUUAAAAGAGGACAUGUAGAUGCUGUUAAGAUGCUUAUGGACAGAGGUUCUAACGUCAAUGCUGAAACUUGGAAUGGCACAACUCUCCUUCACUAUGCGAUUGUAACUAAUGAAAUAAAAAUUGCGGAAUUACUUUUAAAUCAUGGAGUUAACGUUAACGCCAGUACCACUUCCGGUAAUACACCACUAUAUUUUGCUGUUAAAAACAGACAUGUAAAAGGUGUUACGAUGCUGUUAGACAGAGAUGCUAACAUUAAUUCUAUAUUAUGUAGGGAUUAUUUUGACCUUUAUUGUGGCAUCAAUAGUUGUGUACCAGUUGCUGAGAUUCUUACACAGCAUAUAGUUAAAAUGAAAACUGCAAAUUUCUACGUAAGUGAACAAUUAGUGUCAAUGAGUAACAAUUAUGAAAUAAGAUAUUUACAGGAUAUAUGUGAAAAAGAAGUAGUAGUCAUGAAGAAUGAGAAAAUUAGUAAUUCUAACAUUUCAUUUUAUGAUAUUUUGAUAAAAGAUACAAAUCCAUUAGCAAAAUAUAUGAGAAAUAAAAGUGUAGUGCAGGUUUUAAGAUCAGAAGAUUAUAAAACAAAAUAUCCAAUGUACGCUAGCAUGAUAAAAAGUAAGUUCAGAAAAGGUAUGGAAAAGAAAGAGUUGCUCGAACAAGGCACUAAAAUUUUCUCUUUUUUCUGUAACUUUUCUGAGCUACCACAUGAGUGUAUUGAACAAAUAUUUAGUUACCUAAGUGAUAACGACGUAAGAAUUUUAAUAGAUACUUGUAAGUCUGUUAGUGUCAGUAAUCUUAAUACUGAUAUUAAUGAUGUAACAAUUACCUCAAAUACAUCUAAAGUGCUAUGUGUGUAAGUUAAGGAAGAACGAACUACUUUAAACAUGACAUAACAGCUAUAAAAAUUAAAAGAUUAGUACUUCAUUUUAUAAAUAUAGAUUACUAUCUUAUUUUAAAAUUAUAUUUUUGUAAGAGUUUAUCGUAUUUUACUUUUUUAAAAGUCGGUUUUUUUACGUUUAUAUUCUCUUGGAUAUGUUUUCUUAUGAUGAAUCCAAGAAAAACUAGGCUGUUUUAUAUCUCUCACUUUUGCAAACUUUGUGUCAGAUUUUAUAACAUUUGUACAACGAAAAAUUUAUACACAUUAAUCCGAUGAUACUCUUUCAUUGAACANAGUGUAACACGUGUAAUUGCUUUUAUUAAUUUAAAAAAUAAAAUUGGAUUAGAAAACUUUGAA